AUGAAAGGUUCAGCCGCCGCGAGCAUCUUGAUCGUCAUCUUCGUCGCCAUUCCGGGGUCCGGCCAUACCCCUGUCCGAUAUGUUCACGGACUUUCUCAAGGCAGUGAGACCCCAAUUUAUGAGGAGUUAGACACCCUUGGUAGGCAUCUUGCGACACACGGGGCGGAUGCUGAGGGUCUUAUUGUUCGCACAAGGGGUAUCAGCGCCUGUCAAAGCUGUUCCCAAGACAAGGUGAAAUGCAGUGGCGGAAUACCAUGUGCUCGAUGUCUGAGUAAAAACCGACGAUGCCUUAAUCGGAGUCGGAAUCGUAAUUCGAACAGCAGAUUAUCCUACUCCAAUUAUGCAACGAACCAAGCUCUUAAUUUGAGCCCUGAUUCGCCAGAUGUUCCCACCAGCAACAUCGAUGAUUCCAUUAAUGGGUCAUCGUCGACGCCUCGGUUGCCAUCUGGACCGAACAGCUCAGGCCUCAGCACAAAUGCCCUAGAAGAACCCCCGAGCAAUCAUGCUGCUUUUUUCCCGGUUAUUGACGAUCUGCCGCCGUUCGCUCUGGAUAUGAGCGCUGACUUUCCUUGGACGCUCGAAUACAGCGAUUUCUUCUCUGAGGGCCAUUUUGGCCCGCAUUAUUCACACCUUGAACCGGUUGGUCACUUGGAGUACUCACUAUUUCCAUCUGCCUCUCCUGCGGAAGUCAUUACAAACGGUGGCACUGAUAAAGCGCCUUUUCAGGGUGCUGUGAAAGCGCGAGAUCUUCAGAGCGAGGGUGAAAGGCCUUCUCCAACUUUUCGAACACAAGAGCUGCGUCAAUUAGACUCUUCAACCCCCGUCCAGACCCUUGCUAUGCAAGCUACGGACGAAGAUAUUACCAUGGCAGAGAACUUUUGCCAUGUGAAUGUUCCCUUCAAUACUGUCUAUCUAUCUAUUUUCGCCUUCUACAGUCACCAGCAAGAUGCUCGAUUUCGGGAAGCUCCAUUUCCAACGCUUCCUAUUUUCGACUCGUUCAUUCAGCUCUAUUAUGAGUAUUUUGAUGACCAAUUGCCAUUCAUUCAUCCAUCAUUGCUAGAGGAAGCAGAUACACCGUGGAUUCUCACCUUGGCUGUGGCAUCUAUUGGAUCUCAAUAUUCCAACAUCGCCAAACGGGAAGCAUAUGUUUCCAUGCUUACCGAUCUUCUAACAAUAUCUCUUCCUCUCGAUAUCAUGUCCUCAAUCUGCAAGUUCGACGAGCCUGGCUUGCUACACUGA